AAUAACAAGGCUGCAAUGUCAUCGUUAACCAUUUCAGCAAAUUACAUCUAUAAUAAUCUAUUUAUAUUAAUAAAAUAUGUUUCUAUCAUUUCAGGAGAUAGUUUGGAAGAGCUAAACGGAUAUGGCACGAUGCGGCCGCGAAAUAUAAUCUCCUCAAUAUUAAGCGGUACGCCGGCUAAGAACAAGGGGCUCGCCAUAUCAAACCCACACGACUUUAGGAUGGUAUCAGCAAUCAUAGAUGUGGAUAUAGUACCAGAGACUUGCAGAAGAGUCAAGCUAUUGAAGCACGGGUCGGAUCGACCGCUAGGGUUCUUUAUCAGGGACGGUACAUCAGUCCGCGUGACGCCCAACGGCGUGGAGCGGUCCCCGGGCAUCUUCAUCUCGCGGCUGGUGCCGGGCGGGCUGGCCGAGUCCACCGGCCUGCUCGGCGUCAACGACGAGGUGCUCGAGGUCAACGGCAUCGACGUGUCCAACAAGACCUUAGACCAGGUGACGGACAUGAUGGUGGCCAACUCGUCCAACCUGAUAAUAACAGUCCGUCCCGCCAACCAGCGCGCCGGCCCGCCGCCGCCAGACCCCGCGCCGCGCUCCGACCUGCCCUCCAGCGAACACGACGAGGACAGAUUCGACCAAGACGAACAGGACGAGAUCGUAGACCUAACAGCUGUCACACUAGAGGAGACCUCUGAACCGCCCCUCUAUCCGACGUCGAAGGACGACGGGCAAGUGUUACACCUCUAGUACAUACUGCGGCGAUACCGGCUCGCGAGAGAA